AUGGCUGCGGGUCUCGAGUCGCUUCGCCGGCAGUUCGCCGGAUGCACGGCUCGUGGCGCGCCACGAUCCGUCGCAAACGUCACCGCCUUGCGCGCCAUCUCGGUGUCCAUCACCACGAUCGACACCAACACAACCACCUUGGCGCAGCGCUUCCGGAGCGCGCAGGAGCUCGCCAAGGUGCUGGCGGACAUCGACGAGGGCGAUGUCGGCGCGCGCAGGGUGUGCUCGGGCCACGACGCCCCGCUCCUUCUCGUCGCGCUGAUGAACGAGGCGGGCGAGUCCAAUGCGCAGCGCCGCGUCCCCCUCCUCACGUGUCUCGCCAGCCUCGUGCGGUUCAUCGGGCCCGAGGAGCUCAAGGACCAGCGGCUGUGGAUGCUGCUGCAGCGCAUGCUAUUCCAGUCGGACGCCACCUCAGUCCACCACGCGCUCGCCGCCAUCGCCGCCAUCACCCGCCAGGAGGAGUGCCUCGCGUUCGUCUGCGGCACGCCGAUGGCCAAGCGGCUGCAGCAGGCCCUUGGCUCGCUCGCUGCGGCCGAGCACUCGGCGACCGCGGCGCUCGCGCAGCAAGUCUCCUCCCGCCUCGCCGCCGCCGCGGCGGCCGCCGCAAUCGACAGCAAGUCUCCUCCCGCCGCCGCCGCGCCGAGCCGCCGGAUUGGCCUGCCCGGUUUUGGGCGGCGACGCUCCGCCUCGGAGCAGCAGCCGCAGCCCGGCCCGGCCCCGGCGGCGCCUCCGACGCGACUGGAGCAGGUGCUGCCCAUCGGCGAGGCGGGUGACACCGAAAGCGGCGGUGGGCCUGAGCAACGCUCGAUAGGUGAGGAGGCUGGCGCCGGGUCGGCCGCCGAGCUGCAGCGGGCCGCGGCGAUAGAGGAGCUCAAGCGCUGGCGAGGGAGCAUGCGCGGCAGGCUCGGCACCUUCAAGGGCCGCUCUCGAAGCCGCUCGGGCGACACCAUCCUCGACCCGGACCAGGGGAGUGCCGCCCUCACGCCAGACACGAUCGAGCGUUCCCCCCUCGGCGGUGAUCGGGGCGAUGCCGCCCUCCCCAAGCCGGCCCUGCGGGUCGCCACGCGCCCGUCGUGCGAGGACAUUGCGCUGCCGCCCGAUGGUGGAUUGCCCGACGCGGCGGCGUUGGAUGGGGCGGGAGAGGAGGCGCCGGGGGACCCGGCGGAGGGGGGCGGGCCCACCGACUCGGACUUUGAGCUCGACGAGCCGUCGCCCGUCGGGAUGAGGGCGGCCCGGGCAUCCCCAGACGGCACCAGCCGCCUCAGCCCGUCCGGGCCAUCGCAGCCCAGCCCGCUCAACCGGCGGCCGUCGCUGGGAAACACAGUCCCUCCGGCCGAGUCGGCAGAGGCGAUCGCAAACACGUUGGCGCUCCUGGAGCAGGCCGGGCCGGCCGGCGACUGCGCUGGUCUCUCGGCCGCCGACCGGCGCCGCGCCCGAAGGAAUCGGUUCGAGGUGGCGGGGUGA